CGCGCUUUUGCAAAUCUUUGCCCGCUUCUUCUCUCUCUUUGCUUUUUACUAUAACACAGCGAUAGAAAUGGAGACAAUCACGAAACUUUAGAUUCUUCACUCUCACAAUUCUUCUUACGCUAAACAGGAGAAAAAAGAAGCAUAGUCACUGUUAAGUCUCUUGGAUAUUGUUUCCACCGGCCAUACGGACUCAUCUCCGCCGUCAAAAAAAGUCAAAGAUUUCCUCUUUGUCCACGAUCAAAGAAAGUCCUCAAAAGGAAAGCAGAGUCUUUCAUAAAUGGCGCCAAGCACGAUCCGUAAAGCGAUUGGGGCAGUGAAGGAUCAAACGAGUAUAAGCAUAGCCAAAGUGGCAGGAAACAUAGCGCCGCAACUGGAAGUUUUGGUGGUGAAAGCCACGAGUCAUGAUGAAGAUCCAUCUGAUGAGAAGUAUUUUAGGGAGAUCAUGAGCCAUUCAUCUUAUUCUAGAGAAUAUGUUGGUGCUUGUGUUGCUACGGUGUCGAAAAGGUUGAGUAAGACCCAUGAUUGGGUUGUAGCACUUAAAUCUUUGCUGCUUGUUCAUAGGCUUUUGGUUGAUGGGAACCCUUGUUUUGAAGAGGAGAUUGUGUAUGCGACUAGGAGAGGGAUGAGGGUUUUGAAUAUGUCGGAUUUUAGGGAUGAGGCACAUUCCAAUUCGUGGGAUCAUGCCGGUUUUGUUAGGUUUUAUGCUAUGUAUCUUGACGAGAAGGUGGAAUUUUCGGUGUUUGAGAAGAAGAGGAGAGAUGGGGAGGGGAAGUUUGAGGAGAGAGAUGAGAGGAAUAGGCACGAAUAUGGAGAGUUUAGAGAUGAUUAUGAUCGUGGAAUGGGUAGGAUAUCAGGGUCUUAUGAUGAUUUGAAUGAUUCUGUCCGGAGAGAGCAGAGGAAAGAGGGCACACCGAUGAGGGAAAUGAGGCCAGAGAGAGUUUUAGGGAGGCUGAAUCAGUUGUUGAGGAUUCUUGAUAGAGUUUUGGGUUGUAGGCCAGCUGGUAUGGCGAAAAGUAGCAGGUUGGUACUUGUUGCACUUUAUCAGAUUUUGAAGGAGAGUUUCGGGCUUUAUGUAGAGAUAUGCGAAGCCUUGGGGAUUUUGUUGGAUCGGUUUACUGAGAUGGAGUAUCCAGAUUGUGUUAAGGGUUUUGAUGCUUAUGUUAGUGCAGCAAAGAUGAUUGAUGAGCUUGUGGGGUUGUAUGGUUGGUGUAAGGACAUGGGAAUUGCUAGGUCAUCUGAGUACCCAGACGUACAGAGAAUUACCGAUAAGGUUUUGGGAACUCUAGAAGGAUUUUUGAAGGCAAUGGCCAACAGGCCAAAGAGUCCAGAGAGAAUUAGGGAAGAGAAACCACCAGUUAAGGAGGAGAUAGAAGCAAAUAUGAAUGAGAUAAAAGCUCUUCCUGCACCAGAGAUUUAUACCCCACCUCUUCCUCCACCUGAACCUGCACAAUGUAAGACACAGCCACAACAUGUGACAGAGGAUCUGGUGAAUCUAAAGGAUGAUUCGGUUUCAGCUGACGAGCAAGGGAACAUAUUGGCUUUGGCUUUAUUCUCUGGACCACCCACGUCAAAUGCUAAUGGUUCGUGGGAAGCAUUUCCUUCAAAUGGAGAGCCAGAGGUGACUUCUGCGUGGCAAACACCAGCUGCUGAGACUGGUAAAGCAGAUUGGGAAUUGGCAUUGGUUGAGUCAGCUAGUAAUUUAUCAAAGCAGAAAGCUGCAUUGGCAGGUGGUUUUGAUCCGUUGCUAUUGAAUGGAAUGUAUGAUCAGGGGGCAGUGAGGCAGCAUGUGAGCACUAAUCAGCUAAGUGGUGGGAGUGCAAGUAGUGUUGUAUUGCCUGGCCCGGGCAAGACUGCUACUCAAGUUCUAGCUUUGCCUGCCCCAGAUGGGACAGUACAACCAGUGGGUCAGCAGGACCCUUUUGCUGCAUCCCUUGCAGUGCCACCUCCUUCAUAUGUGCAGAUAGCAGACAUGGAGCGGAAGCAGCAGUUGCUUGUACAGGAACAGCAGCUAUGGCAUCAAUAUGGAAGGGAUGGAAUGCAUGGUCAAGCAAGUCUGGCCAAGAUCAGUGCUAGUUCUGGCUACUAUGCCCCUUUUGCACAACCAGUGAUGAUGCCUUACGGGAUGCCACAAGUCAAUGGCAUGGGGCAGCCUGGAGGGUACUAUUAUCCGCCUUACUGAUUCACUUGUUUAUCAAUCGUUUGUUCUUCCCAUGCACAUUAUUGCUAUCGCAUCAAGCUUCUGCGCCAACAUAUUUGGAAGAUAUUUUUCCAUCUUUCAGUUCUCCUGCUUUCAUUUUAUUUACAUGUACUUACAGUUACUUGCAUCAGAGGGUGCAAUGAACAUUAAAGAUUUGAUAAACCUUACAGUAUAAGUAUAUGAUGGAUAGUUGCCAUUAUGCAAUGGGAAGUUUAUGCGGCCUUCUUUCAGUGGCCUACAUUGUUAUUCAGAUGUGCUAAAAGAUUGCUCUUUAUAACAAUUGCUUGUUGAUUUUUGCUGGUUGAGGAGAAGACAACCUUAUGUAAACAUCUCUUUAAACCAAGCAGUUAGUUUUGAACUAGUCAGAUACCUCUUACUAGCGUGAAAUUUUUAAAGAAUGGCCAGCUCCAUCUGCAUUGCCUGAGCUGACCAAGAUCUUGACUGGUUCUACUCUUCUUUAUCUUUCCGAGUCUGACUGCUUCCUAUUUGUUUUGCUCGCACUUUGUUGAUCCUUGCAACAAGCUUUAAUUAAUUAUUGGGGAGUUUUAAUUGCCGCCCAAAAGCGGCUGAUGCGGACCAACUGGCACAAGAGUAUGGGGAAAAAUUUUACUUUGGAGGAUGAAGUUCCGUUUGCAGUUGCACCAACCAAAAUUUGAUGUCGCCCUCUCCAAUUCCUAUAGUUUCUUCUCACUUUGAGAAAAACACAAACUACAAAUUCGACGGCAACUUCUA